CUUUGUCUUGCGACUCUGACCAAGAGAAGCAUGAUCGACCUGAGAGUUGUUUACAACUUUCAAUGAUGUUACAAAGCCCGAACACAGAUGAAGUCUUGUGAUGUAGCAUGAAUGUAUCCAUGAAUCAAUUUGAUUCACUUGGAUUCGGAUUCGAGUAGUUGGGUUUCCAUCUGUGGUAAACAUCUGAGCUCAUAUUUUUAGAUCCUCCCAGUUUCAGUUCAUGCAUCAAAAAAAUUGUGAUUGGCUGUCAGUGAUCGAAUGUAGACACAGGCUUUUCUAGCUUUGCUGGAGAAUUUCACAUUGCAAAGACGCAGGGCUCCAGGGGUUACACGAUCAUCUUGAAAGAAAGACUGCAGGAGUGUCGAUGGUGUGUCGCUUGCUGCCUGGAUUACUGCACCUGACGCUUUCACUGGCAGAUUUUUGUCGUCUCAAGGUCAGUUUGGAAUUAGGGAUCAUCGACAGCGUAUCGGGAUCGUAGACAACCUCAGUGGAUAGGUGACCAGCCAACUCGGUUUUAAGAGGCACUUUUUGAAACUGAAGGACGCAUUUUGAUAUGCAUGUAAUGCAUCAUUACCUCUUAAAACUGAAACGAAUAGAUUAUGAGGCAGAACCGCCUCGGUGUCAGCUGAUAAUGAGCAAGAUGGAGGAGUUCGUGAUGAAAUUCUACAAGCUAGCUGUCUCGGUUUUUUGGCGAAUGCAUGAGGUUCUUGAGGAGGCCACCAAGUUUCUGCCAUGUCUUUUGAUGAUCUGCUGGUCAGCGCGUUCACACAUGGGUCCACCGGAAUACGAGAUUGAUGACGCGAACGUGGAUGAAAAUCCUCUCCUCGUAGAGAAGAUCAAAGGCUAUUUGAAGGAAAUCCAACUCACAAGAUCCAAUAGAAAAGAAGCUGAUGACUGCACUGUGUGCUUAUCAGAAUUUAUGGACAAUGAAAGUGUGUACAAGCUCCCCGGAUGCAACCAUCUCUUCCAUAAAGUCUGUCUGACUCAAUGGCUUUUGUUAAACAAGACCACUUGCCCUCUCUGCCGCUGUAAUCUCGAUAGAGUAGACGAGAUCCACCUUUCUGAAAUUCCUUUUCAAGAACGCCAAAUGGGAAUCACAGUUGAUCAAGAUUGAUUAGCACAGCUCUACAACUAGUUUUCUUCACAUGAGAAUGAGAAUAAUUGUGGUUGUUUCGACGAUUUCAAUUUCGAGAAGUAGCUGGCCCAAAUCAUUAUCAAGCAAUCGAAUCACCAAAUCAUCAAAUUUUCGAACGAAGAAUCUCCCUUGUGUCAGCAGAGACUUGUACUAUGUAGAAUCUAGAGCAGAAUUGAAUAAUUGUACAGAAAACUUCCUGUAUACAUCUGUAUAGUAACUUACGUACUGUAAAGCAAAGUUUCAAAACCUGAUGCCAUGUAAAGUUUUGUCUAUCAUUUGUUAUAUCCGGAGUUGAUUACCUACUCUAUCGGUUCUUGUUGUUUAGGUAACAGUCAUGGUAGUUUUCCUGUAAGCUGUACACGAAGGCA